AUGUCUAAUGGUAUUGAUCGUUUGUCUAUCACACAAUCUUUAAUAGAAAAGUAUUAUGAAAAUCUGGAAAUAGAAAAAAAAAUACCCAAGAAAAAACACAAGAAGCUUUUUUCAUUGGGUCUUUUCAAGUUUAAAAAAAACAAUCCAGAUGCCAAUAAACCUGCCGAUAAACCUGCCGAUAAACCUGAUAAGAAAUUGUAUUCUUAUAUCAUAUCAACCGUUAUCUAUGCAUUUCAACGAAUAUUGAUGGUUUAUUUUUUCAUUUUCAAUUUGAUAGAUGGUAAUCAAAUAAUUCAAACGUUCCAGGAAAAUAGGAAAUUAAGGAAAAAAAUUAAAUCUAAAUUGAUUGAUAAAAAAAAUGCAAAUUCUUUCAAUCAUUGGAAAUCAAUCUCCUUAGAAUUAGACGAUUUACAAAAUAAUUCAAAUUGGAAAUCCGUUAAAAAAUCUCCUCUAUACGAUUAUCAAUUGAUUGAAUCCAUCUAUUUACAAAUGAGAAAUUUAAGACUCACGGGGAAAUAUGAUGAAUUGUUAUAUUUGAUUAGACUUAAUUGGACAAGAAAUUUAGGUAACUUGGGUGAUGUCAAUUUGUAUAGAAAUUGUCAUUUAGGUACCAAAGAUUUGAUAGAAAAGUAUAUUGAAGAAUCGAAUCUUUCAUUAGAGGCUUUGGUUAAUCAUUCUCAUAUCAAUGACUACUAUUUAUUAUCGAUAUUACAACAAACAAGGAAAAAUAUCGGCAGAACUGCAUUAUUAUUAAGUGGAGGUGGCACUUAUGGGUUAUUCCAUAUCGGUGUCUUGACAACUUUUUUCGAAUUGGAUCUUUUACCAAGAGUCAUUUGUGGUUCCAGUGCAGGUGCCAUUGUAGCAAGUAUUAUUUGUACAAGAAAUUUGAAUGAAUUACCUCACUUAAUGGAAGACAUAUUAUCCAAGGAUUUUAACCUUUUCAAUGAUGAUUCUGACAAGACAAAAAGUGAAAAUUUAUUAAUUAAAAUUGCAAGGUUUUUCAAAAAUGGGACUUGGUUCAAUAAUAAACCAUUAAUCAAUACGAUGAUUGAAUUUUUGGGUGAUUUAACUUUUAGAGAAGCUUAUAAUAGAACAGGUAGAAUAUUAAACAUCACAGUAUCCCCAGCAUCUAUCUUUGAACAACCAAGAUUAUUAAAUAAUUUGACUUCUCCCAAUGUUUUAAUUUGGUCUGCAGUCUGUGCAUCAUGUGCUUUACCCACUAUUUUCCCACCAAGUCCCCUUUAUGAAAAGGAUCCAAUUACCAAUGAAACUAAGAUCUGGGAUGGUGGUACUGCAUUUUCUGCUAAAUUUGUAGAUGGCUCCAUGGAAAAUGAUUUACCAAUUUCCAGACUAUCAGAAAUGUUUAAUAUCGAUCAUAUCAUUGCAUGUCAGGUUAAUAUCCACGUUUAUCCGUUUUUAAAAUUAUCUUUAUCAUGUGUUGGUGGUAAUGUUGAAGAUGAAUUUAGUGCAAGAUUAAAGUCUAAUUUAUCAAAAAUUUGUGAUUUUAUGUCUAGAGAAAUUGUUCAUUAUUUUGAUAUAAUCUAUGAACUUGGAUUUUGUAAAAAUUUACUAAUCAAAUUAAGAUCCAUCCUAUCACAACAGUAUUCAGGAGAUAUAACCAUUUUACCAGAUCUAAGAUCACCGCUUAACAUGACACAGUUAUUAGCAAAUCCAACUAAUGAAAUUCUUUUAAGAGAAGUUACAAAUGGUGCAAGAGCCACUUGGCCCAAAGUUUCAAUUAUUAAAAAUCAUUGUUCACAAGAGUUUGCUCUUGACAAGGCAAUAGCUUUCUUAAAGGGGAAAAUUAUUGUGUCCUCUUCAAUAAAUUCAAAUCCAAUUGUAAAAUUCUCAGAAUUCAAUUUAUUAAAUACAAACACAAAUACAAAUAAUAAUACUACCGCCAACACUAGCAAUAAAGUUCAAUUUAAUUAUAAUUGGAAUUCAAAUUAUUUUUCAAAAGUGAAUUCUCAUGUAGACCCUAAUGAUGAUGAUGAAACAAUUAAAGAGAAAGAAACAACUCCUGCUGUAUUACGAGAUGAUUUAAUAAAUGAAGAUUCUUCAAUCUCAAUAUCUCUAUUAAAACAUCACGAGUGUAAGAGAUCAACUAGUGUUAAUGCAAAUUGUUAUCCAAAUACAAACUUCACAGCUUUAGCAAGUCAUUUCUUGAUGAAAAACGAUAUUUAUAAAAAUCGUCGUAAAUCUGAAUAUUCAGCCCGGUCAAAUUUGGACAAUGAAAAUUCUAAUAUUAAUAAUAAUGACAAUAAUUUUGAAAAUAUUCCAAACGUCAAUACAAAUCAAAAUUUUAACAUUAAUAUCAUUAUAAAUAAUAAUCAUCAUCAUAAUCAUAAACACAAUCAUAACAGUAAUAACCCUAUUAAUUCAACAAUACCUACGAACAAUAGAAAAUCUCAUUUCUCAUUACAAAAUUCUUCGUCUUCAACUUCAAGUAUUUCUUCAAAUUCCUUAGAGACGAAUCAAACUGUUCAAACUUAUCCGCAAUUAAAUGACAUACACACCCACCCACGUGUAAAACAGCCGUCAUUUCAUAUCAUAAGUAAUACAAUAGAAUACAAUCAGUUAGCUUCAUUAUCUUCUUCUUCUUCUUCUUCUACUACACCUAUCAUUCAUCCAUCAUCUUAUAAGCCAAACAAUUUAUUUCCUCAUUCUCACUUGAAAAAGCAUAACCAUCACGGGAAACACUCACAUCCUCACAAUAAAGUUAUCGCUCCAUCGUAUCAUAUUUCAAAUUCGUUUAGUCAUUAUUUUCCAAAUAACGAUAGUAACAUUAAUAAUAUCCGUAACUUUGAUAAGAAUAUAAGGAAUAAUGUCUUUUCAAAUAUAUCCAAUAUUAGGAGAAGGAAAAGUGCUUCUCAUUUAAACCAAAAUACUACAACGUUAGAACCAAAAUCAUUUGUUACUCGCCACAUAAACUCUACAACUUCAUCACCAAAUUCAAAGAGUCAUUACCUUAAUUCAAUUUCAAAGAUAUCACCAACAAAAAAUCGUUCUAUUAUUCCAAAUGAUAUUUCAAAUAUAAAUUCUGACCUAGAUACAAAUAACAAAGAAUUUGAAAUAGACAACUCCUUGGCAUCAAUAUUAAAACCUUCCUUGCCGCCAGAUUUCGUGAAAUAUGAGUCAAGUCCUUCACCAACCUCGAUGACCCCUGAAGAUAAAAAAGUUUCUUCCAUAGACCAAGAAAACUCAAUCACAACGAUUCUAAUGCAUAAAAAUAUUACUUAUUCAUCUUAUAAUAAAAAAAGUUUUUCCUUACAGACACUGAUAAUGAAGAUUCAUCUGCAAUCACAACUACAACAGAUACAGCUACUACAACUCCUGAAUUUAUUACUACAGAUAAUUGCAACGAUAAUACUGUUAAACCAUCAGGGGAUCUUUCCUUAA